UUGGGACCUGGACCCUAAAUUCAUCAAUCGCUCAUCGUCAGUCAGUCACUCACUAAAAGGAGCCUCCUCCAGGUUCUUAGCUUGCAUCGACACCCCUUGCAGCCUUCUUUGCUCCAUCGCUGUCUUUGGGCUGGAAAACGAGGUAUCCGAUACCAACGUUCACAAGUACCUGUACUUCAUCCACGUUCCUCGUUAGAUAACCCAAUACGGUACCCAAAAGUUGCUGUAUGAGCACAGAUCGACACUGAAUCCUCGUUCUUUCUCCUGGAUUGUGCCAUUUUCUCAUCUCAUCCUUCUACUCUCUUUAUCACGGCCUUUUUCCUUUCAACUCUUUCACUUUCUUCUUGAACAUUUGGGCUCGGUGGCUUUCUGGAGUUCUUGCAUCUCCUUCAUCCCCUCCGUUAGAUUUUUAGCUGGCUCGUCCAUCCACUUUAAACUAACUCUUGGCUCCCGUUACGUACAACCAGGAGCGGCUCUGGGCGACUGGCUCAUCGCUACACAUACAGCAUUGCUGCGUCUCCUCAAGCGCAUCAUCUGUACUUACCACGUUCCGAGCCUAUUGUUCGUCCAGAUUCGGCCUCGAAAAGCAACGGUCUUCGCUUGGUCGUGAGUCGCCCACAGCUGAACUUACCGUUAUCGCUGUCUUCGUACUCGCCUGAUAAAAAAGCCCUGGUACUGGUCGUGUCGUUCAUGACCUAACUGAAACCCCAGCAACCCGACCUGAUUUUGUCUCGUCGAUCGCCCACCUCUUCAGAUCAAAACGACAGCAAGUCAAGCAGAAUACACUGGCAACUGACUCGAUUGCUUUUGCCUACGACCCCCCAUUCGCUUCUGUUUCGCCCGUUUGUGGCCCAAACACUACGAUUGACAUGUCAUGGAGAACUCAUCGACCCCUCUCGCCGAUUAUUUCUGGAUCGCCGGCGUAGAGUCGGUGUCCUACCACGAUCCCAACUCCCAGCCCGCCCCCGUUGUUGUUCCCGUCGAGUCUACCAUUGUCGAGGAUGGCGAGUCUGAGGAUGAAGAUACAAACGGCGACCAACCAAAAGCAAAAGCACGGCACUCACGCCAGGGCUCUGCCAACCGUCUCUCUCGGAUAUCUCUCACCGACCGUUUCUCCAUACAUACUCUCGACGAGACAGACGGCAAUACCAAAAGCAACCGCAGCAGCGCCACCAUUCGUGCUAUAAACCCCCCUAAUUUUGGCAAUACCAAUGGUAAUGGUAAUGGCCACAGCAGUACCAAUGGCCAAAAUGCCGGCCCCAGCGGCAUCCUUGGUGAGGGCUCCAUGCUGAUGGGCGACUUCGACUUUGAUAAGGCUCUGGUCAAAUUUGCCGCUGAGAGAGAGGUAUUUCUCGAGGACCUGUCAUUCAGUGCGGGCGCAAAAGUGCAAGCUCGUGCACCAAUGGUGAAUCCUCGGGCAGAGAGGAUCAAGGCAGAGGAAAGCGACAGCGGUAGACUGAGUCCUCUCAGGAGCAUUAAGGGUAGCAUCCGCCGCAAGAUGAGCUUUAGGGAUAUGAACAGUGUGCGCAAGCAACCCAGCAACAGGAUCAGCACCAGUCGCGCAGGUUUGUUUUCGUCAUGCUCUGGGGUUUGAUCUUAUCAAACUGUCAGGCGAAUACAGGGACGUUCGCUAACUUAUAAUGAUAGCCUCGAUCCGAACCACGAGACGACUCAGCAAUUACAACUCCGUAAUCCCUCCCCCCGAACCCCUUAACACCGACCCCGAUAUGCAUCCUCUCAAACGACGCUUUGAACCGGUCCUUCUUGACCGAUAUCCUCCUCAGGAGGCUACAGAUGAGAUUACUCGACGUGGGAAAUUUCCUGACUAUGUGCCCAUGUUUGCUUUUCCCAACGACAUUCAGAUUGUUUCGUCCGACGACCGACCUCGAUCUACAUGGCAUGGGUUUACUAUGACCUCGGACGAUAACUCCAAGCUAUACGGCAUAACUAUUAUCAUCUGGACUGCUCUCAAUGCCGAGGUGGCAGAGGAAGUGGAAAAGAAGUGCGAGCAAUGGCGCCAAAGUCACAUGUCUGAAGAAGAGCGAGAGCUGGCAGCUAGCUUGGGAGUUCGCUUGGCUGGUGAACGCACCCAUCUUUCACAACUCCUUGCAAAACUCCCUACAAUCCCGUCAGGCUCUCCAGCACGUGAGAGGCUCGAGGAUGAAAUUAGCACUGUGGAAGAAAAGAUCACCCUCAUGACGGACAUGCUUAGGCCCCUGAGACAUGGAGCCGCGUCUAAGAUCGAGGGUCUCACUGCUGGCGAGAGCGGACUCUGGACGCCUCGCGCAUAUGGUAUCUUGGGCCGAGACGCAGCCAAUAUGUCCUUCUGGAAAGAGUGGCUUAAGGCUAUCGUUACCCCCAUGACAGAUGGGGGUGUCCUAAGAAUUCCCCCAAGCUCACCCAGCGUGGGACGCUGGCAACCUCUUGAGCGAUAUGUCGUAAACCUAUGCACCGAGGCAUUCAAUCCCCUAGGAUCCAAGACUCAGGUUGAACUAGGAGUGCGCGAAUUGCGACUUUAUGCUCGGAAGGAGGCAGACAAUGAGAUCCCCGGUUCGCGAUCCAUCGAUCUCUAUGCCCUCUUCCGUUGCUUGUCACUUGAGAACAUUGUCGCUCUGUUCGAGUAUGCUAUGGCCGAAUCCCGAAUCAUCUUCCUCUCCUCUCACACCAGCAUGUUGCACCUCGCCUGCCAUGCACUAGCAAACCUGCUAUACCCCCUGAAAUGGUCAAGUAUUUUCAUUCCCGUCCUCCCUGCGCGACUUCUGUCGGCUCUCGAAGCGCCUUGCCCAUAUAUCGUCGGCAUUGAGCGACGUUACGAUAGAAUUGAACUCCCCGAGGACGAUUAUGUGCUCGUUGACUUGGACAAGGAUACUAUUGAUGCUACAUCACAACCCGUUCGACUUCCUCGUCAGGCCCGAAGGAAACUCAUGUCUCUUCUGCAGGUCGCGGCGCCCCACAAACUGCGAUAUGGAGUCACAACUGGACCACCUCCUUAUGCCAUGGAAUCAUUCCCCUAUGACGCCUUCUCCACUGAAAAUGCCGCGCUUUUCAGAUCCGCGACGCCCAAGAGCACCCUAGGCAAAUGGGUGUCCCAGAGCUCCUCGGGAUUUGGCGAGCCAGACCCGCCAAAUGAGGUCCUGCCACCACUGUUCAAUGCUUUCGCUUCGGCCAAGGUGGACAACGGCAAAUCGGACAGACCCAGCACAAGCAAGUCUGGUAAAACCAGUCCUCAGUCGUCUGUAUCCCCUGUUUCGAUAAACUUCCCGCCAAUGCCCUCCACGCCAGUUUCUCGAAGCGACUCUGGCUUUGCUUUGGCGGCGACUCUUCGAGAGAAGCGCUCUGGACAUUUUGGCGAAGAAAAGAUGCGACGCAGCUCGUCCUUUGGCAUCGAUAAGCACCCGCCAUAUCACAAGCCAAACCUCCCCUUCCUCAACGGUCAUCAAGCAAACCUGUCAAUUUCAGCUAUCUCGGUGGACUCUCAGAACUCCGUUGUUGGUGGUGGUAGUAGUGGUGGUGGUGGAUAUGGAAAUGGAUAUGCACCUUCAACCUACGCACAGUCAACGCUUGCGGCAUCAACUAUCAUGCCCAGUAUGCAGAUCCAGCCUGUCCGAAACACAGAGACAACAGUUUGGGUCGAGGGUCAUUGCUUCAACUGGAUCCCCAAGGACAACACAUCGAUCUGCAAUAUUUGCAAUGACCAUGCCGAGGGAGAUGGCAUUUACAAGUGCACAGGCUGCAAGAUCUUCUCCCACGGCAGAUGUCUCGGCCAUGCUUCGCUUGUCUGCCCGGAGGCAUUUCAUCCUGAUCGAAUCCGAGCAGCCUUUGUUCGCUGCCUUGCAAGUCUCUUGUAUACGUACCGCAAGUACCUUGGACGACCUUCAAAGCAGCAAAAAGCAAACGGCCAGCUGUAUGCCUUUGAUAUGGAUGGUUUUAUCAAAAGUCUUCCACAUGAUCAGCACGACUAUGCUACUAUGAUGCGGGAAACACAGUGCUUCAAUGAGUUUAUCCACGACCGAGAGAUGCAGCCAGCCAAUAACGCCUCGAUUCGUGUAUUUGACGAGAUCAUCAUGGCUAAGAAGGCCCGAGGCCGUUCCGGGUUAUCGACGGGUCUGUCCCGCCUCUCCACCAUCCGUGCAUCUCAUGGCGCCUCUACUUACGGUGGCUAUGCCCCUCCUCGAGGCAGCUCCAACAGCAAGAUCCCUGCUUGGCUCGGUGACACGUCCGAUCAUAUCUGGCGGACUGCAUCAGUGCCGUUACCCAAGGGAAACUUUCCAGGGGAGUAUCGAACAGUCGUGACGAGAACGCCUGCACGUCUCGAUAGAUCUCUAAUGCGUGAGCCUCGUUCUAUUCAAGGCAUGCCUCGUGUAGAAGGGCGAGGUGCUCGCGGGCUCAUUCGAAAGCAAGUUCCUAGUAUGCUUGGCACAACCCCUCCGACGUGAGGAUGAAAUAUCGAGGGACCAAUUACUUACAUGAGAGGCUUCUCAUGACUGUAACUGUGCAAUGACAACAAAACACAAAUCAUCCUCGCCUUGGGCAAGCAAGAAGAUGUUCAAUUACAAGCCAGAAAAGCAAAAUGAGGAGGGUCUAUUGUGUACGAUACCACGUUUUGUAAUAAUCUAGGUGGUGAUGGUGGGGAAGAGAAAAGAUAUACGACUCGAGUACCAAGAAGUUCUAGACGAAUAGAGCAUGGAGAAGUCAAGGCCUUCAAGGGUGGAACUGUCAGAUGUUACUGCAUAAGCACGCACAGUUCCAAAUGAGAAGAAGGUGGAGUGAAAGGAGGGAAUAGAGGGCAUUGCAUCUCGUCUAUAAUAGACAAAAUAUUGGAUCCCCGAUUUGCUCAAUCUGGCUGGAUGCUUGGGUUCACCAUUUCUCAACUAGAGCAUACAGACGUACAUAUGCAUGGUAGUUGUCGUUAGCAUACACAUCAGCAUAAGGGGCGGGACAGGAGUGCUGCACUAUGUCAAGGCUUUGGAAUUGAGGGAGUUAGAGGCUAUGAGAUUCAUACAAAGAAAGAAUAUCUUUAAUGACCACCCUGCCCCUAUGGGAAUGCGAAUCUAAAG